AUGUUGGCAACUGGAAGCAGAAUCGACAUCAUCGGAAUCGAGGAGCAACAACAACGGGAGGAAAACAAUCCCAUCUCAAUUUCGAUUUUUUUGUCAGUUUUAGCUAAGCCUAAGGAUUAUUAUAGGAUAUUGGAAGUUGAUUAUGAUGCCACGGAAGAAGCUAUUCGAUCCAAUUAUAUCCGUUUAGCUUUGAAAUGGCAUCCGGAUAAGCAAAAAGACCAGGAUUGUGCUACUUCUAUAUUUCAGGAGAUAAAUGAGGCUUAUCAAGUCAGAUCUGAUCCUGUCAAACGUCAAGAAUAUGAUCAGAAGGGAAUGCUACGUGCCUAUGACUACAACAUAGAGUAUCUUAAUCGUUACAAGGGUCUGAUUUUGACAUGCAAUGGGCUUGGCAUGAAGUGUUCAAUGUGGUGAAACUGAAUUCAGUAAUAUGCAUAGAGAUGCAUCAGGCGAUCCUUUUUAAUCCAGCAGGAUGCCAGUGGGGCUGCUGAAGGCCUGCUGUUGGAUAUUGCUGCUUAAACCAACUAGGAUGAUUGAAUAUCUUUGUGCUCUUAUGUACAGAUUCCUUCAGAAUCUUUCAUGCCUUCGGUGGUUCUGGUGCAAAAUUUCAGUAGCCCUGUAACUGCCAAGAUAUGCGGUGUAUUAAAUAUCAAUAUUCUUGGCUGGCUGAUUGAAAAUGAAAAAUGGGGCAUAUUUGGUCUCUCAUUUUGCCAGUCUGAUGAUUGCCUUGUCUGAAAAUAUUGUUCAGAAAAAUCUUAUGAAUUAUCUUUGCCAA